UCCUCCUACGUAUCCCUUCGAAUCUCUUUCCUCAACUGUCCAAAUCUCCUGAAUCAUGACCCAAUAUUUUCCCCAAAAUCCUAUGCAAUUUUAUACCUCUAAUAAAAACCCCUUUCUAACACAACCAUUUCUUCAUUCAUUCUCAUUUCAAUUCUCAUUUUCUCUCUCUCUAUAACAUCUUACAUCCUUGUUUGGCUGCUGCUAAAAAAGAAGCAAACUUUAUUACUCUCUAAUGGAUUUCCAAUACCAUGUUCUUGCUGUUGAUGACAGUAUAAUUGAUAGGAAAUUGAUUGAAAGACUUCUCAAGACUUCAUCUUUUCAAGUGACUGCAGUUGAUUCACCAAACAAGGCACUAGAAUUUCUGGGUUUGAAGGGGAAUCAAGGAAACAUGGAGGAAUCAUUAGCAAGUAAAGUGAAUAUGAUAAUUACAGAUUAUUCAAUGCCUGGAAUGACUGGGUAUGAGUUAUUGAGGAAGAUUAAGGAAUCAGAAAGAUUAAGGGAUAUACCAGUUGUAAUUAUGUCCUCUGAAAAUAUUCCUGCAAGAAUUAACAGAUGUUUAGCUGAUGGAGCAGAGGAAUUCUUCUUGAAACCUGUGCAAUUAUCUGAUGUUGAUAAGCUUAAACCCCAUUUGUUGAGGAGCAAAGUUAAGGAUUUUUGCAAGUUUCAACAGCAAAGGAGGUUAUUAACUUGGUAUUCUGAUGCUAAAAAUUUAUGCCAAAGAUGUGUAUAAAUUUGGUUAUCAAAUGAAAAUAUGUGAUAUAAGACAAGUCUUGGGGUUUGAUCCUUGAAUAACAACUUGGAGGAUUGCACUUUGGGGAAUGGUUCGAGGAGGUCCAUAUGUACGCAACCUUGUUGCUAAUCAAUUUUGAAAAAGCACGACGUUUUUUCUAAUCAAUCUUGAAAAAGCGCAGAUGCUUAGGCUGGUUUUCGAGGAGGAUUAGCACUAAUCAAUCUUGAAACAAAUGAGUUUUUGGGAUUUGAUGAAUGAUUAAUUGUUUGGAUCGAUGAGGAAUGAAGCUAAUUGACUUUGACAUACAUGGUCCAAAAAGAUGGAUUUGAUGGUGUAUCAUGACAUAAAAAUAAAAACAAAUUUAUACAUAGUGGAUCCAAUUGAUGCAAAUAAUUGUUACUAAGCUUGAGUUGUUCUUCACAAUAGUCAAAAGUUAAGGUUUUUUUUUGUUGUUGUUGUUAAUGUCCGGCAAUAUUCUUUAGUUUGUUUGAGAGGAAUUUUGUUAAUGAUCCUCUUUAUACUCAUGUAUGUGUAUAUAAUAUCAGAUGUAGAUGAUGAUAUUGCAAUAACAAUGAAUUUUUGUUCUUCUA